UCUGCCACCACUUGAAAAUAAAAAUUGCGCAAUCUUAAAGUAGUGUGUGAAUGUUGUAAAUUUUGUACACAUUUGUAAAUAUACACACGAUACACACAGACUCACUACUCACUACUACUAUUAUUAUUGUUUAUUAUAAGUAAUUGUUGAUUUUUUUUUAAAAUUUUAUGUCAAUUAUGUGGUUUCAUUGUCAAGACUAUUGAAGACCAUGAGAUAAUCGAUGAAUCAGAUAUUCAAGUUAAUAAAUUUAAAGUUGAUAAUAUGAAUAGUAAAGAAAAUAUCCUACGCCAAAAUCUACAAAUUAAUGAUGACAAUGAUGACGUUGAUAAGAAUAAAUCAAUCCAAGAAACAAUAAAUAUUAUUGUCACUGGAUUUGGUCCAUUUGGUAAACAUACAAUAAAUGCCAGCUGGGAGGCUGUCAAACAUUUAUCAAAAUUAAAUUCCAAAACACUAAAAGAACAGUACAAUGUCAAUUUAAUCAUCCAAGAAAUUCCAGUAGUUUAUGAUCAUGUUGCUAAGAAUAUUCCUGAAAUAUGGAAACAAUAUAAUCCACUUUUUGUGAUUCAUGUUGGUGUAUCUCAUUUAGCAAAAUGUAUUCAAAUUGAAAGUCAGGCUUGUAGUUCUGGCUACCUUAGAAAAGACGUUGAAAAUAAUUGUCCUGAAGCUAGUGACCAGUGUUGUUUUUUAUCCACAAGUUUAAAUGUUGCAAAAUUAUGUCAAGAUUUAAAAGAUAAACAUGAUUGUACUGCUUGUGUAUCAAAUGAUGCUGGAAGAUAUCUCUGUGAAUUUAUAUUUCAUCAGUCACUCAGUAUCAAUCAACAUAAAACACUAUUUAUUCAUGUACCAGACUUUGAUAUUUACCCAAGUGAAAAAACAGCCAAAGAAUUAUUUAAUAUUAUUUGUUGGCUUCUAGAUAAUCAUCAACAAUCAUAA